UGGUGAUUAGAAGCUUUCCCUUGAUUCUCAGUGGAGGAAAACCAGCAGGUCUACUGGCUCUUGUUAAGGUGCAAAGAGUUAUUUCAAGCCUACAAUAGUCAGUGGCUGUUAAAUCAGCUUUAGUGCUGAUAUCUUACACUCAAUCUCAUGUAUGAAUUUAACAAAUAACUAUUACUUCUUUUUGUAGUUGUUGUUGUUUUUAAGUUAGUGAAAUGACUCAGGAAAACAGUGUUUGUAUGCAGUCUGUUGACAUGGACUUUACUUGUCUUCCUCCUGGCAACACGACCCUGCAACAGACUGAUGUGCCCGGUGCAGCUGAACAGCAGACAAUGAGCGUUUAUCUCAGAGUGAGGCCUUUCUCUAAAGAGGAGCUCUCUAACAAUGAGGAUCAGGCUUGUGUUGUGAUUGAAAACAGCCAGACGGUGACACUGAAUGCACCAAAAGGUUCUGCCACCAUGAAGAGCAGUGAGAAAGGAAUUGGCAUGUCACUCCACAAAUUUUCUUUUUCACAGAUUUUUGGGCCUGACACAACACAGGCUGAGCUGUUUGAGAACACAGUCAAAAGCCAAAUGAGUGAUUUCUUGGAUGGGAAGAAUGCACUGAUAUUCAGCUAUGGUGUAACCAAUGCUGGGAAAACCUUCACAAUCCAAGGAACUCCAAAAGAGCCAGGAAUACUGCCUCGAGUGCUGGAAAGCACUUUUCAGUACAUUGGAGAACAUCAGUAUCAGGGAAUGGACCUGAAGCCCUACCUCAGGAAUGGUGUGCAGUCUCUGGAUUUUGACCAAGUAAAGCAGGAAAGAAGCACUAAAGCUGCCAUUUUUGCUUCAAUUAAAGAAGAGUGUGAUCCUCUCAGAUAUCUACAGAGGUGUUCAGAGACCCAUUUUCAGCAAUAAUCCCUCCUGUGUUCAGUGGUACAUUGUCUUAUCUAAUGCAAGUUUAACACAUUAAAAGCCUAACUUAUCACUCAAAACAGCU